CAGGUCCCUGCGGCGAGGCGGCCGAGGCUGUCUCCCGCCCUCCCCACUCUCGAGGAGGACCAGGGACAAAGAUUCCCAGACUGCCAGGCACAGGGCAGAGGGCGAGAGGCAACAGAUCAUCCAAGGCCCGACCAGGCCCUUCACGCGAGGACGCCACAAGCAUGGCCCCGUCAGAGGAGAUGCACUUCCCUGCUGCCACCCACAUCUGCUGGAGCUUCUAGAGGAAGGUCUCACACACGGUGUCUUUAUCACAACACCAGACCUUUAUCAGAGUCCAACCUCCACCCCAGUACUCCCUGCUCUAACCGUGAACACGACCCCUCCAGCCCACGAAUGCUGGGGCAGCACUAAAAUGGCAUCCACGAGACUGAAGCCAGGAGCUUCCGGGAGGCACAGAAGUGGCACUCGGCUGGCCGGCGGGCGGUGACGCUGCUCUGAAGCGCUCGGUGGGUGCAAACACAUGAAUCGUAGCUGCGGGCAGGAGGAAUAUCAGGUGCAUCUCUGCGCCCCGAGGGCUCAACUCCUACACUUAAAUCCCUCCCACUGGGACAGCCGGCUCCAGUUUCAGCCAGAGCGAGCGUGAGAACAGGUCCUGCUCCCGGCACGGCAGCCACAGCACGGCUCUGACCUCGCCGGUCCCACAUCGCCCGCCUCUGCUCCCAUCCCCAAUCAAGCAAGACUUUCCUCGUCAGACCCACUGCACGCAGAGCUGGCUUCAAAUAAAGUGCUUGGAAAAGAAAGCAAAGGAGAAGCGGUGACACGACGUUACAAACCACCAAGUCUGAACUAAACAGGAGCCAGCAGUGACCGGACGCCGAGACCUGAGCCAGACCCAUAAAAAGGAAAAUGAGUCUUCUCAAAGAGAGAAAACCAAAAAAGCCACAUUAUAUCCCAAGGCCUCCAGGAAAACCCUUCAAGUAUAAGUGUUUCCAGUGUCCCUUUACUUGCAACGAAAAGUCGCAUCUCUUUAAUCACAUGAAGUACGGUCUUUGUAAAAACUCUAUCACUUUAGUAUCAGAGCAAGAUCGCGUCCCCAAGUGCCCCAAAUCCAACUCUUUAGACUCUAAGCAAACCAGCCAGCUGGACCCUGUGGCGAAGCCCACCUCCUCCAAGUCUGUCACAAGCGGGCUCUCACACUUUGACGCCAAGCUUCAACACAGCAAGGACGCCAAAGAAAAUGUGGACCUGCACACGUGUGGGCCCCACACAUGCCCAGGACAGAAGCCUGCUCUCCUCAAGGAAGCAGUGCCCCUGAGUCCAGAAGCCACCAUGGGCACCCAGCCCGCCCUGGAAGGCGUUGUGCGGCCUUCAGCAUUUGUUCCAGUCGGAGAGCAGAGGCUGAAAGGCCCAGAGCACGUCGAGCCUCCUGCAGUGCUGCCCCUGCCCACGCCCAGCACCAAGGCCACCUCCUUCCACACCAAGUCUGCAUUCCACGCUCCCGGCUACCCGUGGAGAGCUGGCUCACCUUUCCUCCCACCUGAGUUUCCACAUAAAGUUCCCCCUACAAAGGGGUUCGGUGCCGUCUCCCCGUACAUGCACCCCACGAUCCCGGACUACCCACCUCACUUCUACACGGAGCAUGGACUGGCCACCGUCUACUCACCCUACCUGCUGGCUGGGAACUCACCAGAGUGUGACGCCACCCUGCUCGCGGUCUAUGGUGCCCAAGACCAUAGGCGCUUCCUGCCUCACCCCGGGCCGAUCCCUAAGCACUUGAGCCCCUCUCCAUCCACAUAUGAUCACUACAGAUUUUUCCAGCAGCACCACUCCAAUCUGCCAAUUCCGUACGGAUUUUACAGACCAGAGUCUGCGUUCUCCUCCUAUGGUCUCAGACUGCCCCCCGUCGCUGGCAUUUCACAAGAUCAAAGCUCUCACCUACUGGAAGAAGCCGCUCUGGUCUACCCAGCCUCGAGUCCGUCCAAGUUAAACCCUCCCAACUCCCACAGAAAGCACACGGAGUUUGAGAAAGAAAGCCCAACUCCUGAGGCUAAAGACCCUUCCAAAGAUGGGCAGAGGGACACGGAAGGGACCAAAAUGAGCCCGCGUGCAGGGAGCGCAGCCACAGGCUCCCCAGGAAGGCCGAGUCCCACCAACUUCACACAGACAAGCCAGCCGUGUGCCGGGCUGUGCAGCCUCUCAGACAAGCUGGCCUCCAGCAGCCUGGGAAGGUUCCAUCAACCCGAGCAGAGCCUUGCAGCCUUCAAGCCCAUCAAGAGAAGCCCAGAGCGCCCACACUCCCAGGCUCCAGAGAACAGAGACGAGGCUCCAAAAAGCCUCAAUGCUGUGAACACAGAUGCCACGGCUCAGACAGGAAGCGCCUGUCAUGGCCUAGAGGCCGCGCCUUGCAGCCCAGAGGAUGGCUCCAGGAUGGCCCCACUAAACCUCUCCAAGAAACCAGAGACCAGACCGGUGGCUGCUCACGACCCCGUUUACGAAGACUUCACAGAACUGCAGGAUAUGCCUCUGAACCUCUCAGUGAAGGACCCCUGCAAUGCCCUGACUCCGAGGCCCUCCUUCCACAGCCCGCCACAAGAGGCAGAGCCUGCUACUGCUGCCCCAAAGACUGAGCCAGAAAGUUCUGGAGACAGGCCAGACCACACGGAGACAAAGCGAAAUAGCCUUGACUCUGACGAGGCUCCAUCGACAAGUCCCACAGGGAAGGCCCAGGGCUCGCGAGGAGCAGCCGACAGCAGUGACGAGCAGAAGCAGACGGCGGCCGUGGCCCUCUGCCAGCUGGCGGCCUACAGCCCAGGGAACGUCCGGGUGGGUGAUGGGGAGCCCACAGCCCAGGGGUCUGCCUGCCAACAACGCUCCCCCACUCUCAGUGCCACAGGAAGCCAGGAAGCGCAGUGUGACCUCCGACCCAAAGGGCAAAAGAGGACAAGCCCAAGGGAUGCAGGGAAGUCCCAGCAAGGCACUAAGAAGACGAAGCCGAGCGACACGGCUCGCGUCUUCACCCUACGGAAAAGAACACGGCUGUCCUAGCGCCCGGCUCUCCUAGGACGCAAACGGCUGCAGCCGUGGACAUGCCUUCUGAGGUGGUCGCAACAGAAGCAAGUCCUCAGCAGCGGCUUCACUUUUUCAUCGGGUCAAUUUUUACAGUGCAGCUUCUUUUUCUUCUUAAAAAAAAAAGCUGCAAUUCAGUUUUUGUAAAUAUUAAGCAUGAAUAUUAAAAGGUGCUUCUACUUUUGGUUGUAAAAAUA